AACUUGAGGAAAGGAUGCUUAAAAGUUAAAAUUAAAGGACUUAGCAAUUCUUAACUUCAGAUCCUCUUCCAUGUUACAAAUAGACUCCACCCGAGUCUAUAAAAUUUGGUUUUCUUUUUCAUUUUUUUUUUCGGGUUUUGAUUAUCUCAAAUUCCUCUGACAACAGGAUAGCACUUUGGUGAAGAACUGCAGAUGCAGCACCGUUUUCUUUUUCAUUUUGGCUUUUGAUUAUCUCAAAUUCCUCUGACAACAGGAUAGCACUUUCCUGACAAAUUUUAGUGAAAACUGGAACUGUUUUGUAACCUUUCUGUUAUUUACUAUAAGUUAUCUUUGCAGGAAUCGUUGGCAAGGUCACAUGGCACCCAGUGUGGAUUUUGUACUCCUGGAUUUGUUAUGUCCAUGUAUGCUUUACUAAGAUCCUGUCAAACUCCUCCAACUGAGCAGCAAAUAGAAGAAUGUUUGGCAGGGAACUUGUGCCGUUGCACAGGUUAUAGGCCAAUUGUUGAUGCCUUCAGAGUUUUCGCUAAAACCGAUGACAUGAUAUACACCAAUGCUACCUUGGAAGGUCGUAAAGGCAAUGAGUUCAUAUGUCCAUCGACCGGUAAUCCCUGCUCUUGUGGACUGAAGUCUGAUUGCAACUCUGAUAAUAUGAAAGAAAGCGGGGCUUGCAAUAAAAGUUACAAACGACUUUCUUAUAGUGAUAUUGAUGGUAGCAAAUACAAUGAUAGAGAGCUUAUUUUUCCUCCUGAGCUAUUGCUAAGGAGGUCUGCCUUUUUUAACUUGAGUGGUUUUGGUGGGCUUAAGUGGUGUAGACCUGUGUCACUUCAACAUGUUCUAGAGUUAAAAGCCAAAUAUCCAGAGGCAAGGUUGAUAAAUGGUAACACUGAGGUUGGAAUUGAAAUGAGGCGGAAGAGAAUGCAGUAUAAAGUUCUUGUAUCAGUUGCACAGGUGCCUGAGUUAAACAUUUUACAUGUGAAAGACAGCGGAUUGGAGAUAGGGGCUGCUGUGAAACUGUCUGAGCUUCUAUCUGUUCUUAGAAGAGUUUCUGUACAGCGUGCUGCUCAUGAAACUUCAUCUUGUAAUGCUUUUAUUGAGCAAAUAAAAUGGUUUGCUGGAACUCAGAUUAGAAAUGUUGCCUCUGUUGGUGGAAAUAUCUGCACAGCUAGUCCGAUAUCAGACUUGAAUCCUCUUUGGAUGGCUACCGGAGCAAAGUUUCACAUUAUUAAUAGCAAGGGAAACAUCAGAACAAUUUUGGCAGAGAACUUUUUCUUGGGGUAUCGUAAGAUUGAUUUGUUAAGUGAUGAGAUUUUACUAUCAAUUCAUUUACCAUGGACAAGGCCUUAUGAGUUUGUGAAAGAGUUUAAGCAAGCUCAUCGUAAAGAUGAUGAUAUUGCAUUAGUAAAUGCCGGGAUGCGUGUUCACCUUCAGAAAAAGGACGAAGAAUGGCUUGUUUCAGAUGCAUCAAUUGUCUAUGGAGGGGUUGCUGCUGUUUCUUUUUUUGCGUCAAAAACAAAAGAUUUUCUCAUAGGAAAGAGUUGGAACAAGGAGUUGCUAGAUGGGGCCUUAAAAGUCUUGGAGGAGGACAUAUUACUUAAGGAAGAUGCACCAGGUGGGAUGGUGGAGUUCAGAAAAUCUUUGACAUUAAGUUUUUUCUUCAAAUAUUUUUUGUGGGUAUCUCGAGAAUUAGAUGUAAAUACACCUUUGACAGAGAGUGUAUCCCCAUCAUAUCUGUCAGCGAUACAACCAUACCAUAGGCCACCUGUAACUGGGAUUCAGGACCAUGAGAUUGUCAAACAUGGGAUAGCUGUAGGAUCUCCAGAGAUGCAUCUAUCUGCAACACUUCAGGUCACAGGUGAGGCAGAAUAUGCUGAUGAUAUGGCAAUGCCACCUAAUGGCUUAGAUGCUGCAUUGAUCCUGAGUAGAAAGCCUCAUGCCCGCAUAGUCUCAAUUGAUGAUUUCGGCGCAAAGUCCUCACCUGGCUUUGCAGGCAUUUUUUAUGCUAAAGAUAUCCCUGGGGAUAAUUCUAUUGGACCCAUUGUUUCUGACGAGGAGCUCUUUGCUUCAGAAUUGGUAACUUGUGUGGGUCAGGUGAUUGGCAUAGUAGUUGCUGAUACCCAUGAAAAUGCAAAUCUGGCUGCGAGAAGCGUGCAUGUAGAGUACGAAGAACUUCCUCCUAUUUUAUCUAUAGAGGAUGCACUUAAAUCUAAAAGCUUUCAUCCUGGCUCAGAGAGAAGAUUCAAGAAAGGCGAUGUUGAUCUUUGCUUUCAGUCAGGUGAGUGUGACAGUAUCAUAGAAGGAGAAGUACAAGUAGGUGGUCAGGAACAUUUCUACUUGGAAUCAAUGAGCAGUUUAGUGUGGACCAUGGACAGUGGUAAUGAGGUCCAUAUGAUCUCAUCCACUCAGGUAUGUAUCACCAUUGACGGCAUUGUUAAUUUUAGUUUUAGAUGUCUUCUGCCUGUAAGUUUUCCUUUUUUAUUUUUUUGUUAAUCAAUUCUCAUAAAAUCAAUCAC